GCCGGAGAGCCCCAAGCACGAGGCGGCUGCGGUGACGCUGCAGAAGGUGUACAAGAGCUUCCGGACGCGGCGCCGGCUCGCCGACUGCGCCGUGCUCGUGGAGCAGAACUGGUGGGAGCUGCUGGACUUCGCGCUGCUCAAGCGCAGCUCCGUCUCAUUCUUCGACAUCGAGAGGCAGGAGACCGCCGUGUCCAAGUGGGCGCGCGCCAGGACCAGGGCCGCCAAAGUCGGAAAGGGGCUCUCCAAGGAUGAGAAGGCUCGGAAGCUCGCAUUGCAGCACUGGCUUGAAGCUAUCGACCCACGACACCGCUACGGCCACAACCUUCACUACUACUACGACUGCUGGCUGAGGUGCGAAAGCAGGGAGCCUUUCUUCUACUGGCUCGACAUCGGAGAGGGCAAGGAGAUCAACCUCGAGGAGCGGUGCCCGCGGUCGAAGCUUCUCAGCCAGUGCAUCAAGUAUCUUGGUCCGAAAGAGAGAGAGGAAUAUGAGGUUGUGAUUGAGGAUGGCAAGUUUAUGUACAAGAACAGCAGGCAAAUCCUCGACACGUCCGGCGGUCCGAGGGACGCAAAGUGGAUCUUUGUGCUGAGCACAUCCAGGAAUCUGUAUGUCGGGCAGAAGAAAAAGGGCACAUUUCAGCAUUCUAGCUUUCUCGCCGGAGGCGCCGCGUCUGCUGCGGGGCGACUAGUUGUCGAAGAUGGAGUUCUGAAGGCUAUCUGGCCUCACAGUGGGCACUACCGCCCCACGGAAGAGAACUUCCAGGAAUUCCAGGACUUCCUCAGAGAGAACAAGGUUGAUCUCACCGAUGUUAAGAUGAGCCCAACUGAAGAGGAUGAGGAGUUUUGGAGCAGGCUCAGAAGCAUCCCUUCUGAGCGGUGCACAGAUGCCGACAAACCCGAAGAAGAAAUGGUUCCUGCUGCAGAAACCAUCCCUUGCCAGGCACCUCAGGUCACUGAAACCACACCUGAAAAUGUCAUCCAACUCCAAGAAACAAACAAAGAUCAUAGCCAACCGGAGAUAUUCACAAGGCUGGAUUCAUCGAAAGGCGCCGUAAACAUCGAAAACUCAACAACUUCCAUGCCUGAAGAUCAUGAGGAAGACAGCGAUGAUGAUCAUUCGGUGGUGCCAAGGGAGAAGGUCAUUGGGAGGGUCAACUCAUAUCAGCUGGGGAAGCAAGGGUCCUUCAAGUGGACCACCGGCGCCGGGCCCCGGAUCAUUUGCGUCAGGGACUACCCGCCGGAGCUCCAGCACCGGGCGCUGGAGGAGGUGCACCUGUCCCCGAGGAGGAGCGGCAGGCCGACGUCGAGGUUCUCGUCGCCGCAGAGGGGCGGCAGCCCGAUGUCGAGAGGGUGUGAACCGCUGACGCCGAGAGAGGCGUUCCAUGCCACGCAUCUGCAGCAAGGAUUGCUGAUCAGUUUAUGAUGAACGAGCUAUUCUUGUUCAUCAGUUGUGCAUAUGGAUAGAGGAAUAAAGUCACCUAUUGGGAGUAAAAAGAAGUACUCCUUGUGUAGAUCUUGUAGUGAUGUAUGUAUACGUGAUGUUCAAAUUGGACACAAGUACAGAGAUCAAUACAAAUUCUUUCAUUCUUUGGU